GGGGCCAACCGCACGCUGCGGCUACCGCCGGUAUUUCCGAUCCCGGUUGGGCCCCGGCCGCAGCCUGCUGCUGCCGGGGCCGCGGGAGGAUGCGGCGCCUGGUGCGAGUGGCGCUGCUCUGCCUGGGUUGCGGCUUGUGCUCAUUGCUCUACGCCUUCAGUCAACUGGCUCUGUCGCUGGAGCAGGAGACGCCGCGACGGCGGGGAGACCCCACUUUUCCAGUCCGGAGGCAGCUGAGUGGAGACGGCGGCUGGAGGGCAGCAGCGGGAAGCGCAGGCCCGGCAAGCCACUCGGGCCUCGCUGAUCAGUGUAAGAAGGUGUCUGUAUCUUACUGGAAUUCCUAUUGGAUGCUGCCCUCUGAUGUUUGUGGAAUGAACUGCUUUUGGGAAGCUGCUCUUAGAUAUGAUUUUGUGAACACUCUGUCUUCUGAGAAGAUGCACUUGGCAGUGGUAGCCUGUGGUGAAAGAUUGGAGGAGACAGUUACUAUGUUGAAAUCAGCCAUUAUUUUCAGCAUCAAGCACCUGCAGUUUCAUAUCUUUGCAGAGGACCCACUACAUAGAGACUUCCAAGCAAUGCUUGGCAGUUUGGCAUAUCAAGGAAAAUUUAAUUAUACUUUGUAUCCCAUCUCAUUUCCAACUGAAAAUGCAGCAGAAUGGAAGAAACUAUUCAAGCCCUGUGCUUCUCAAAGACUUUUCUUGCCUUUAAUUCUCAAAGAUGUGGACUCUUUGUUGUAUGUUGAUACAGACAUCUUGUUCUUAAGACCUGUUGAUGAUAUUUGGUCUUUUUUGAAAAAAUUUAAUUCUUCUCAAAUUGCUGCAAUGGCACCAGAGCAUGAGGAGCCUCGUAUUGGAUGGUAUAAUCGCUUUGCUAGGCAUCCGUAUUAUGGAAAAACUGGAAUAAAUUCUGGUGUGAUGUUAAUGAAUAUGACCCGUAUAAGAAGAAAAUAUUUCAAGAAUGAUAUGACAACAGCACGGUUACGUUGGGAAGAAAUUCUUAUGCCGCUGUUAAAAAAAUACAAAUUGAAUAUAACAUGGGGUGAUCAGGAUCUUCUGAACAUCAUGUUUUUUCAUAAUCCAGAAAGCCUGUUUGUGUUUCCUUGCCAAUGGAACUAUCGUCCUGACCACUGCAUUUAUGGAAGCAAUUGUCAGCAGGCUGAAAAAGAAGGAAUAUUUAUCCUUCAUGGAAACAGAGGUGUUUAUCAUGAUGACAAACAACCAGCUUUUCGGGCUGUGUAUGAAGCAAUAAAAUAUUAUUCAUUUGGUGAUGACCUGGUACAUUCCUUGCUGCUACCCCUUGAACUGGAGCUACAAAAGACACAACAUACUUACUGUGGAAGAAUAUACAAAGUGUUCAUAAAGCAGCUAACAAAAAGCAUAAGGGACAUUUAUGAUAGAAGUUCUAAGGGAAGGUGAUCCAAACUGCUGAAUUAAACAACACAGAUGUGGGAGAGUAUCUGAUGCCUGAAGGAUAUUCAUGCAAGAAAUUGAAUAAUACUCUAAUAACUCGUUAGUCAUGUGCCCAGAAAUGUCUCCCAGUGUGGACAAAAUGAAGAUGCUGAAUAUGCUGCAGAAAAUGUUGCAAGUUCAGUUAGUACAGAUAUUCACCACAGUGAAUAAGUUACUCAGUUUUGUAUUCAGGUUUAGUCUGCAUAACUCACUUGUUUGU